AUGGGGCGUCACCGACAAGCUCGAGCUGCGAAAGUACCAGCAUACGUCGGGCCCAAGACGCAAGCGCUCGUCAUAUUUUCGGUGUUUUACCCGUGCUGUUCUCAAGUAACUGAAGGAGGACGCGCUCGCGCUCUUCCCGCCCGCAAGGGGAAGGGUAACUACGGCACAGCUCAGAGGUUCGGGGUAGCCCCACUCCACGCAGCUCACGCGCACGCGAAACUGAAGAAAUCACGUGAGCGGCAGAUGGAGGAGGUGGACGCCCGUCCUAUCAGGAGUUUCGCGGCAACAGGGGUUACAGACAGACAGCGCCACAGGCCCUCCAACAAUCCUACCUGGGUGGCCAGCGCGCAUCGGUGCCGCGGCGUCACCUCCUUGCUGCUCUGCGUCAAACGGUUCCGCACCUAG